UUUACUUAUUUACCAAUGACGGAAGUAGUGUUUUGGCGAGUUGAUGCCUGUCAUGAUUGUACCAUUGGGAGGCGUUUUUGUUUUACUCGCAAUUAUGGUAUUUAUGAUACGUUUAUAUAUAGUUGUCCGGAAUGGGAAACAUUGUAAACCUGGUAACAAAGGCCGGAUUACGCUCCUUGUCGUUGCAGGAUCAGGUGGUCACACUACAGAAAUCCUGCGAUUGAUGAAGAGCCUCUCCAGUGCUUACUCACCGCGAUUCUAUGUUAUUGCGGAUACAGACAGGAUGAGUGAAGAGAGAAUCCGCACAUUUGAAAAAUCCAAUCAUCUUUUGUACUCUGAUCCACAGUUUACCAUUCAUCGGAUCCCACGCAGCCGAGAGGUACAUCAGUCAUGGGCUUCUUCGGUUUUCAGCACACUCAAUGCCCAAUUUUACUCGAUACACGUGAUCUUCAGACUCAGACCAGAUGUGGUGCUGUGUAACGGCCCAGGCACCUGUGUUCCACUUUGCGUAGCAGGGCUCCUGCUUGGAAUUCUGGGAAUCAAAAAAGUCUUGAUUGUUUUUAUUGAGAGCAUUUGUCGUGUGGAGUCACUUUCGCUCACAGGAAGAAUCCUUUACCACUUUGCAGACUAUUUUUUUGUGCAGUGGGUCAGUCUGAGGAACAACUAUCCAAAGUCUAUUUUCCUUGGGAGACUUGUGUAACCAUUUAUUUUUGUAGCAGGAAAAAGUAAUGUACAGAAAGUCAAAUGUAUUUGAAUAAAUGUUACUUGU